AUAAAACUCAACCCAACUUCCAAGGUUGGUAUCCGUGUGCUUUUUUUUCGACUCGCAAUUUAGCAAAUGAUUCCACUUUUUGGAUUGGUUUGAACCUACUGGGAAAGCACACGUUCAUAUGUGGCAUCUGCAUCUGGGUAACUUUAUGACCUGCAAGUGAAUGAGCCAUGGAAGAGCCAAGCAAACCCUCUCAGCCCAUGUUGGGUGAACGUUCGGGCAGUCAUCCCAGGCCAUUCUUCUAUGUCCAACCAGCAGGGCAGCCAUUUUACACAUAUCAAUGGCACAUGAAUCAGCCUUACAGCCAGCAUGGCUUCCCUGGAUCAGCCUUCCAUUUCGGUCGCCCCUACAUGCUGCCUUAUUCCUACCUGCAGUAUCCUGGUUACAUCCUGCCUCAAGCCGCCAUGCACCCUGUGGACUACCGCAGGAUACACGAACGACACUUUCAGCACGCCCCUGGAUGUGAAGCCACUCUCCGACAGUACCAGCACGGCCAAACGGUUUCAAGAGAGACGACAUGCGUAGGAGCCCAAACGGACCCGAGCGAAGCCUUAAAUAAACUUAUGGAGUGUUUGGACCAGCUGCGUGCCAGCGACAGUUCUCAAACCUCAGGGAGUCUGUCACCUUUAACCAAGGAACAAACGUGUGAGGAAGAAAGUGGAAGCAUGGGAAAGAAAGUAACGAGCAACUUCAACAUGGCGGAGGACAAUAGAGAUACGACUUGUAGUCGUGUUGAACACGUCACUCAAGAGGAGGAAUCAUCUCUGGCUUCAGGGAAGGAAGAAGAAAAGAAUGAGGUUGUGUACCAAGACUGUUUAGAGAGCCACUCGGACUCACAAAGCGCUAAUGAGAAAAACCCGAACGAGAAGGUCCAAGAUGAAAAGGAGAUCGAAUGGAAGGGUUGUCUCAUCAGUCGACCUUCAUCGCAGUCCUCUCCUGCGUGCUCGUCUUCAACCCGAAAGGCUGAAGAUCAAAGUGCAAUCCAGAAAGCACAAGAUAUUUCAUGCUGUAUCCUCCACUUGCCAUUUGAGAAGGUGCUGUCUUCUGGUGUUUAUGGAGCCAGCAUUUCUUCUCCGUCGCUUGGGUCACCAUUAAAUUACACUUAUCGCCCCCCACAGCUAGCUCAUGAGCGUGUCAGCGUUUUAAGUCCCUCCCUGGACGAGCUGUCGUCGCACGAUGAGCUCAUCUCCACUGAUAUAGACGACAUUGACCUGUUUCCGACGCGAAUCUACACCCGAGGGAAACUCGCCGAGGUCGCAUCCAGGAGAUGCCACAGUUCCGACCUGUGCUUGCUGUAUCCGAAGAGACUGACAUGCACCACUUGCGGAUCUCACACCUUCAAAGAGCUGAACAGGGCCAAAACGUGCCACUACGAUGAUGUGGAAGACUCGGACGAGGUCGAGGCCCAGCGACGACUCCGAAACGCAGCUGGGAAGGGUCACGUGACGAGGAGAACACACUCCCAGUCGAAGCACAAAUUCAGGGCUUCACAUCACAGAGAAAAGGCCGAAAGUCAACAUGAUUCGUCACGUUCUGAGCUUUUUUGCUACGAGACAUGCACAUGCUCGACGGAAAGAGCCCCAAAGCGGCUAACGCUCGUCAAGCAGAGCGAUGGUGCAGAGCAACCUCGGAUCAGCUCCCGAGGGACGGCGUUGGCGCGAACACCAGAUCAAAAGCAUGCCGAGCUCAGCCGUUACCGCAGCGACCACAAAGACUGACGCAGAGAAAAGCUCGCUUUAAGCCACCGGUGUGUCAGGGUUCCAGAAACGACGAAGAGGACGAUAACGAUGAGCGUGAGGAUGAAGAGGAAGAGCAGGAAGUGGUUCAGUACCACAGGACAAAAGGAGCCACUAUAAGAGGUGGAGCUCGAUGCUAAACAUCACUACAGUUCACCUGGUCGUCCAGAUAGACAAUAACACCACAUGCCGCAUUUGUUUUUGUUUUGUUUUUCCUGUGUGUUUGCAUUUGAUGGAAGUUUUGGAUUUGGAGUUUUGGGUUGCACGGUCGCCACGGUUACCGUAUGAAACCAAGCUGCACCUUCUGCACCUUUGUUCAUAUUCAAUUUAACACCUCUUUAUUAUAAUCUUUUUCCUGCUCAGCCACUUUUUCACUGGCAGUGUUUAAAAACUGAUAAUAAUAAUAAUAAGAAAAAUGUGUCUGGAUUCUCUGUACAUAUUCUAAUAAAGCAUUUAUAUGGGUGACACCAA